GGCACCGGUCUUCCGCAUGCACCAUCUCAUGCUCGCCAUGGUGAUCGUGAAAUCCAUUUCUCUCAUGUUCCACUCGGUGUCACCGAUCCGAUGCCCGCUGGUGCGCACGCCUUGUGGUCAACCGCUCUGAGCGGACCUGACUUGAUUUUCUCAUAA